CCGGAAACAGUCGCCGGUUGAGAGUAAACAUCUUUUAUAUGAACUUUUGUAAAUUUAGACCUGUAUUUCAACUCAGCAGGUUCAAAAUCCUCACUUUAACAUCACUAAAAAUCUCCAUUAUCUCGCACUCCCAAUCUGUUACACGCCAGUUUCACAUUUCUAGAACAAAUUACAGAAUGUCCAAACCAACCAUGGAAGGUGUUCGUCUGCGCUGGAAUGACAUCACUGUCGACCGUAUUAAAAAUUCCGUUGACGAACUGAUUUCGAAAAACAAGAAGAUAUAUGAUAAAGUUGGUAGUGUUUCUGCAGAGAAUGCAUCAUUUGAAACUGUUAUAAAGCCCCUGAUUGACUGUGACCGAGAAUAUGCAGUUGAGAGGAACAACCUAGAUUUUGUUCAACAUGUAUUUCCUGACAAAAAGCUGAGAGAUGUGAGUGUAGAGGCUGACAAGACGCUGUCAGAAUUUGAUGUGGAAGUUAGCAUGCGGCAGGAUGUUUUCCAGUCUAUUGUGAGGGUAGAAGAGAAGGGACUUGAUGGACUAACUCCCGAACAGAAGCGCUAUGUUGAAAGGCAGAUCAAAAUCGGCAAAAGAAACGGGCUCCAUUUGUCCAAGGAAAUGCAAGAUGAAAUCAAAGGUAUCAAGAAAAAGAUGAGUGAUCUCUCGAUUGAUUUCAGCAAAAAUCUGAAUGAGGAAAAUACUAUCUUGGAGUUUACAGAGGAAGAACUAGUGGGAGUUCCAGAAACAUUUAUCAAAAGUCUUGAAAAGACUGCUGAUGAUAAAUGCAAGUUGAGCCUGAAGUACCCACAUUAUUUCCCCUGCAUGAAGAAAUGCAGAAAUCCGAAAACCAGACAGAAGCUUGAAAAUGCCUUUAAUAGCAGAUGUAUGACGGAGAAUACAAAAAUUCUUGAGGAACUGGUGAAACUGCGGCACGAGAAAGCACAGAUCCUUGGCUUCGAGACCCACGCUGAGUUUGUUCUUGACAUGAGGAUGGCCAAGAACCCAGAUAAGGUGAAAAGUUUCCUGUCUGACCUGGCCAAGAAACUCGAACCACUCAAGAAGAAGGACUUGGAGAAAUUCCUCAAGUUUAAAAAACAUGAGUGUGAGGAAUUUAAAUACGAGAAUGACGGGACAAUCAAUAUGUGGGACUACCGUUACUAUAUGACAAUGGUGGAAGAGAAGGAGUAUGCAGUGGACCAGAACGUCCUCAAGGAGUACUUCCCCCUUGACGCAGUCACCAGAGGGCUUCUUGACAUCUACCAGAAGCUUCUAGGACUCAAGUUUGAGAAAAUCAUGUCACCUGAAGUCUGGCACCCAGGGGUUACAAUGUACAGUGUGCGAGACAAGGCCUCUAGUGUCUUGCUGGGAUAUUUCUACUUGGACCUGUUUCCCAGAGAGGGAAAGUAUGGCCAUGCUGCAUGCUUCGGACUCCAGCCUGGUUGCGUAGCAGCAGAUGGUUCCACCAGACAGGUUUCUGUGGCAGCCAUGGUGGCCAACUUUACAGAGCCUCAAGUUGGCGGAGAAGACUCACUGCUCACUCAUGAUGAGGUGGAGACAUUUUUCCACGAGUUUGGCCAUGUGAUGCACCAGAUCUGUGCCCAGACUGAAACUGCCUUCUUCAGUGGUACCCAUGUUGAGCGUGACUUUGUGGAGGCCCCGUCACAGAUGUUGGAGAACUGGUGCUGGGAGGAGAAGCCCCUUCGUCACAUGUCCCGACACUUCAAGGACGGCUCUGCCAUUCCCAAAGAAAUCCUGGAUAAACUCAUAGCCAGCAGGAAGGCAAAUGCUGGAGUGUUCAACUUGAGGCAGAUUCUUCUGGGAACAUUUGAUCAGACCAUACAUACCAUGGCUGAGGCAGACACAGCAAAGCUGUUCUCAAAGUUGUCAGAGGAGCUACUUGGUUUUAAGUCCACUCCUGGAACAAACAUGCCAGCAUCUUUUGGUCAUCUGGCUGGCGGAUAUGAUGCACAAUAUUACGGAUAUAUGUGGAGUGAGGUGUACUGUAUGGACAUGUUUGAGGAGCACUUCUCUAAAGGCAGGGUAAUGGACCCGGAGGCUGGUGCAGCAUAUAGGAAAUGUAUUUUACAGCCCGGAGGAUCUAAGGAUGCCUUUGAUAUGCUUCGUGACUUCCUGGGUAGAGAGCCCAAACAGGACGCCUUCCUGAGGAGCAAGGGGCUUGAGGUCGACAGCAACCUGUGAUUGUGUGAAGCUCACUGGUGCAUAGUUGUAUUUAUGGGGACCCUACUUUUCAUCAAAUGUAAAACUGAAUUGAAUUGUGUUUGGAAUCUUCAUGGGAAACCAAAAAUCCUGACAUAAAUUGUUUAUCAAUAUUUUGAUCCAAGAUACAUUUUGAAGCUUUAUGCUGUUAAUUGCUAAUAAUGUUGAGGAUAAAUCAUUUUUUUUAUGCCAUACACCAUGUUAUUUUGCAUUGAUAAUAAUGUAUCAGUAAAUAUUGGUAACUGUUACUCCAGAAAAAAAUCCUUGAGAAAAUUGUAUAUGUUUCACAAAAAUUGAAAGUGUAAACAACACAUGCAACUAUUGUAAAAUUACGAACUUUUAUGUAAUUAUAUACUCUGACAUUACUAGUUGUUAAAUAUGACUACUUUGAGAAUUCCUUACCAUCUUAAUGUACAUCAUAAUGUUAUAAAGUGUAAUUUAAAGCCUGAAACUCUUACAUUCCUGCCAUGGAUGAUCAAGGGUAAACAAGCUAUUUAGGAUAAAAACGAAAAUCAGGUAUGUGGGUUACCAAGCGCAUACAUAUUUAUUACAGUAAUUCCUGGAAAUAAAAUCACGGAACAUGA